GUUCGCGUCUCUCUCUGCCCCAUCUGUGUCUUCCGCCGCUCUCGCUCUUCUCGUGGAUCUGCUGAGACCGCACACUCGGCCUUCGGGAUUCUCCGACGUUGUCGGUCUUGCCCAUAUCCCGCUGGCGACUUCUUCCGCGGAGUUGCUUCGCCUUCCCUUUCUUGUCGAAGACUUGCGGCUCUUCUCCAGACUUUUCUCUGCUUCCUUUUCCCUCCGCAUUUCCAUCUCUUUACCGCUCCCGACUCCUCACACUGCGGGCACGCGCUCUGCUCUGCACAAGUACGCUUCAACCGCGCUCAUCAGUGACGUUGUUCUUGCUCCUUCCGGUCGACCAUCUGCUUCUUCCGCCUUCCCUCCGCUCAUUCUUCACCACCUGUCGCGCUCGCCGACGGGAGCCUCAACAGGAACUCGGCGUCGCGACCGGCUGUCUCGCGAGUAAACCAACGAGUCGCAGUUGAAGACACCGAAGCAGUCUGGAGCGCCUCCCUCGUCUGAGUUUUGCUCUCCGAUUCGACUCUUGAGAUCUCCAAAGAACAACCCAACACACCUGCCGCCCUCGGAGGCGACUCCGGGUGUAUAUCGCGGGACUCGCAGUACACUCGGAGACGGACGCCAUCUUCGUUGUUUAGAUGCUUUGGAAGCUGAAAAACGAGACGUCGAUCGGAAAUGCGGAGAAGGAGCGAUGGAUGCAGAGACUUCGUCUUCUCCUUCCUGCCACGACGACUGCAGAGGCAGUACGCUGGACCAAUCAGCGUCGGAGGCCUGGGGAAAGCACGAGCAACAGUCUCGUGAGGUGUACAGACAGAUAAGGAGACAGUACCUCUCUGCUCGGAUGUAUGGCGCCUACGAAGACAUGCUCAUGCUUGGGGAACUUCUGUACAGUCUGGCGCAUCCUGCUGUCUCGCCCACACCGAUCAACGCUCCUGUCUCCGUUCGCUGUGGGGGUUGCGUGCCUCCACUGUCUCCACUGUCUCCUCUGUCUCCGCGCGCGCGAGAGAAGAAGCGAGACACGACGGGAGGGGGCGAGGAAGCGGAAGCUGGACAGAGAGAAGGAGAGAAGGAGGCGACGCAGGGACAUCCGGAGGCAUGCUGUCUCCAGACGGAAAGUCUUUUUUUCUUCACAGAGGCCCUCAUUGCCUGCGGGAAAAUGGAGAGAGCGAGGAGUCUCCUUUUUGAGUUGCAUGCAGAGAUCACCUGCAGAGACCCUGCCCUGCUCGCGGUCGCGACGCAGUUGCUCCUGAAGAUCGACGCGCCUGCCGACCUCGUCGCCUUCCUGGACAGACACCGGAGUUCUUGGCUGCUCCCGGGCCAUCCGUCGCGAACGUUUCUUGAGAUGUCCUUGGCAAUAGCUCUGCAGCGUCUCGGCCGCUUCCCCCAAGCUCUUCGAGUCCUCUGCGACCUCUACCAGCGCGAGCCUUUUCACCCCAAGCUGCUCUUUGCGCUCUUCGGCAGCGGCGUCUUGACUCCUGAGGACGAACUGCGUCUCCUCCGCGAAACGAAGUUCGACGACUCUCAGCUGUGGGCCAGACACCUGGCGGUGGCGCUGCUCUCAGCUGCGCGAGACGAAACGCCUGAAGCAAUAUGGGCACAGAUCUCUUCUUCCUCUGCCUCUUCCUCUUUCUCUUCCUCUGCCUCUUCCUCUGCUUCUUCCUCUUUUUCUUCCUCUGCCUCUUCCUCUUUUUCUUCCUCUGCCUCUUCCUCUGCUUCUUCCUCUUUUUCUUCCUCUGCCUCUUCCUCUUUUUCUUCCUCUGCCUCUUCCUCUUCUUCCUCUGCUUCUUCCUCUUCUUCCUCUGCUUCUUCCUCUUCUUCGUUUUCUGCAUCUCCCCCGCGUCCUCCCGGCCUGUAUGCAGUGCCGCUAGCGGUUGGCCUCGACGGCCGGUGCUUGCGCGUGGACGACGUCCUUUCAUACGUCGAAGAAAUGUAUCCUUCUCGCCAUAUCCCCCCGGAAUUCAUUUAUUCAAGCGUCAAUUUAACGAUUCAAGCGAUUCGGGCAUUCCGCCGAAGAAACGCACCUCUCGCCUUCGCCCUCUGCACUCUACUGCUCGAAACCAGCCUCGCCGAGGCGGUGUACGCGCUGCCUGUCUUCAUCUCCUGCUGCGUCCAGCUCGAGAAGGUUGCUGAGCUCCACCUGCUCACGGAGAGACUCGAAGAGGCACUGGAGGGAGCGCUGGCGGACGGCGAGAGGACGACGCUCACAGCUGCACUGAUACACGCUGAGGGCGGUCUCCUCCUUGUUGAAGGAACUACCGCGAAGGCUAUCGACGUUCUUUUAAAAGCCACGGAGAUUCGGCAAGAACCCCUGACGACACCUGGCUUCCUGCCCCCCUAUUUGCUGCUCGCAGAGGCGCUGCAGUCUCCGGUGGAAGGACCGACGCCUGCGAAGCAGAAAGCCACCCGCAAGAAACUCGUCAAAACUCUCCGACAUCUGACGCAGGUUUUCCGAGGACACGCUCGGGUGCGACUUGCCCUCCUCAGUGAACUUCGAAGAACCAAGCACUCUGCCCAGAACGCGUCGGCGGAAAAAAGUGAAGAAAUCCAGCUUCUACGAGGAAUGCUGCGUCUGGACUCGCGAGAUCCUCAGGUUCUCCUCCAGUGCGCCACGGUGGCGUUCGACUCGGGAAGAUUCUACGAAUCCCUUCUCCUCGUCAAUCGCGCCUUGGCGGGGUGUACGUACACCCGAGAGACAGGUCCCCCGCGCGAACCGGAAAGCUCCGCGCGACUUGCUUGUAAAGAGGAGGGCAAAACAGAGCGACUGGCACCGGAAGAACUGCAGCAGGGAGACGGAACAGUCCUCGAUGACCUCUUCUAUACACUCACCUCUCAAAGUCCUCCCUGCUGCUUCGCCGCCGACGCCUUGCAUGCACUCCGCGGCCGAGCGCUUGUCCAGCUCAGCCGAGAAGUUGCUGCGUCGAGAGAGUUCUCUCUCGACCGCGACGACUUCUUGUUUCCCCGCCUCCCAGUUCGAGAAGACCGAACUUCCUCUGCCUCCUCAGGCGACUCAUGCAAAGACGCGGACUCGUUUUCUCGCUCGCCGUUCUCUCCUUUGCCCGCAGACAAAGCUUCCUCGAGCUUGUCUGAAAAACUCCUCGCGGAAGCAGAAGCGGCGCUUCGAACUGCGCUCGCAGUGAAUCCGGACAAUGUGGAGGCCCAGAGAAGUCUUCUCACCCUGCGUCUCGCCGAAUCCUCCGAAGCUCCUGAAUCCUUUCUCUGAUCGGACAACUUCUCCCGUUGAAACGUCCGUCUCAAGGAAGAGAGCACCAGUGUGUUUCUUCUCUGAAGCAGCUUUCUACAUCUGUGUUUCAAACGCGUCUCUGUCUCGCCUUCUCUAUCGGCGACUGCGUUUCCUACCAGCACAGGCACCCGCGUCCUCACUGGUAUUUCCUCCGUUCCCCGCGUUUACAUCUACAGGUGGAUCCUGUGACUUAUCGAUGUUCUUCUGCGUUUCCUUCCAGCCCCUACACCAUAAAUACAUGCACGGAGAAAGGCGUGUACAUGCAUGUAGUGCUUUGUGUGAGGGGA